AUGCUGAGACGGCGUAGGAGUAAAGAAUGCCAGAGAAGGAAGAAAACAAAGUUAAUAUCCGGAAGAACGGUCACUUCCCGAGAAUCUGAGGAGCCGACUUAUAUGCAUGGAGAAAACAAUACUGAACGGAGGUCUGACACUGAAAGUGUUCCCAGCGCUCCUAAAAGGGUAGUCAAACCAGAAAAGAAGCAGCAGGUGCAGGUAUUCGUUGAAACAACGUUCAGAAAAGGAGUGCAAGGUCUUAUUGAAGAAUUUCGCUCGAUGAAACGCACUAACGACUUCACUUUAAUGAAGGAAUUCGUAGCACAAAACGCCUACGGGCGGAACAGAUACAAGGAUGUUGGAUGUUUGGACAACAGGAGAGUUGUCAUCAGAAUCGGAAACGUCCCGUAUAUUCACGCCAACUACGUCGCUACACCGAAUCAUCCGAAGCGAUUUAUCUGCACACAAAACGUGAAGAAAUGCGCCGAAUAUUUCCCGACAGAUCCCGGUGGAUGUCUUGACUUUGAUGGAGUACGUGUUGUUUGCAAAAAACAAGACUAUUUUCAAUUUCCCAUUGAAACCAAGGUGCAGGUACGGAUGACGUUUCUGGACGUGUACGGUCCUUCAUGUCCAGUCCAUUCAUGCAUUCACUAUCACUGGUUGGAUUGGCCAGAUCGUGGUGUACCAGAAGCCGAUCUCACACCAAUAGCACUGCUGUCAAAACUUAAAAAUAGCGCAGGGACCUAUAAUGUUCACCGUGUUCUGCCUUAUCGUGGACCGGCCAAUAGUACUCUUACAACACGCUAUGGAAUUAUUACAUCGUCCUGCACCAUUACUCGAAAUACGUGA